UCUGUGGUGAGGCUGUGUAGAGAGAUCUCGCUCACUCGACCACAUGUUGUUUCACGCAUAACUUUAAAAACUGAAAGAAACUCUGCUUAGAACUCAAAUUAAUGGAAACCUCUGAUUUGGUUCUGCCAGAUGAGACCAUGACUGGAAUGGUUGGUGCAGAUGCUCCUGAAAACGGGGGUGCCACAUCUAUGGAAAUGCAAGCCUCUGAUUCGGAGUGGUCAGUGGAUCCAGGACAAAACCAGGCCACUACGGACCAGCAGAUCUCAGAAAAUGGGUGUUUAAAAUCAACAGCAGAGCAAAAAUCUAGUCUCUCUGAGGAGAAUGUCAUGGAACAGGCCAAUAAUACUACUUUAUUCACUGAAAAUCAGCUAGAAACGAAUGGACACAAUUCAGAAAGUAGUCUUAAAGAGCUAGAGCAGCCGAGCGGCACUGACAGCACUGAAAGCCCUGUAAAUAUGGAGCUAGAGGAUGCUCAAAAAGUGGAAAAUGCAGCUGAGGCUGCCCCGGUGCCAGAAGAACCUGUUCCCUCUGAAUUUGAGAGACUCUAUAAAGUAGUAGAGGACAACCCUGAAGACUUUAAUGGCUGGGUCUACCUCCUGCAGCAUAUCGAACAAGAGAACAACCUAUUGACUUCUAGAAAGGCAUUUGAUGCCUUUUUUCUACACUAUCCAUACUGUUAUGGCUACUGGAAGAAAUAUGCAGACAUCGAGAAAAAACAUGGUUGCAUUCAAGUAGCAGAUGAGGUCUAUCGUAGAGGUCUGCAGGCCAUCCCGCUAAGUGUGGACCUUUGGCUGCAUUACAUAACCUUCUUAAAGGAGAACCAAGAUACCAGUGAUGGAGAAGCAGAGAACCGCAUACGCUUGGCAUACGAGCAUGCAGUCCUUGCCGCGGGUACAGACUUUGGGUCAGAUCGUCUAUGGAAUGCUUAUAUUACCUGGGAAACGGAGCAGAAUAACCUGGCCAAUGUUACUGCAGUUUAUGACCGUAUUCUGGGUAUUCCAACUCAGCUGUACUCUCAGCACUUUCAAAGGUUUAAAGAUCAUGUACAAAACAAUCAUCCUAAGCACUUCCUAUCUGAAGAGGAGUUUGUUCAACUGCGGUUGGAGCUGGCAGCUGCCAAUAAGCCCACUGGAGAGGGAGAGGAGCAAACCCCUGAUGAGGAGCUUCCACCCGGCACAGAAGACCUUCCUGACCCAGCCAAGAGAGUCACAGAGAUUGAGAACAUGCGGCAUAAGGUGAUUGAGACACGGCAAGAGAUAUUUAACCAGAAUGAGCAUGAAGUUAGCAAGCGUUGGGCCUUUGAAGAAGGGAUCAAACGGCCAUAUUUCCAUGUGAAACCCUUGGAGAAGACUCAGCUCACUAACUGGAGGGAGUAUCUGGAUUUUGAGAUUGAGAACGGGACACCUGAGCGUGUUGUGGUUCUGUUUGAGCGCUGCCUGAUUGCCUGUGCCCUUUACGAGGAGUUCUGGCUAAAGUAUGCAAAGUACCUUGAGAGCUACAGCAUCGAAGGAGUGAGACAUGUGUUCAAGAAAGCAUGCACCAUCCAUCUACCCAAGAAGACCAUCAUCCAUGUUCUCUGGGCAGCGUUUGAAGAGCAACAAGGGAGCGUUGAGGAGGCUCGAGGCAUCCUGAAGGCUUUAGAGGAGGCAGUUCCUGGGCUGGCCAUGGUGCGACUACGGCGUGUAAGCCUAGAGCGGCGUCACGGAAACUUGGCUGAAGCUGAGGCUCUGCUGCAGGAUGCCAUUAUUAAUGCAAAAAACGCCAGCGAAUCAUCUUUUUACUCUGUAAAACUAGCCAGGCAAUUUGUAAAAGUCCAAAGGAGUAUUGAAAAGGCUAAAAAAGUACUGCUAGAGGCCAUCGAGAAAGAUCAGACUUGUCCCAAGCUGUACCUGAACCUUCUGGAGCUGGAGUACAGUGGAGAUGUGCAGCAGAAUGAGGCAGGGAUUCUGGCAUGCUUUGACCAAGCGCUUAACAGCUCAAUGCCUUUAGAGUUGUGUGUCACUUUUUCUCAGCGGAAAGUGGAAUUUCUUGAGGACUUUGGCAGUGAUAUAAACACGCUUGUAGCUGCGUAUGAUUAUCAUCAGAAGCUUCUGAAAGAGCAAGAGUCUACAAAGAGAAAAGCAGAGAAUGGAUCUGAAGAACCAGAUUCAAAGAGACAACGCAUGGAUGAUGGAGCAGCAGCAGCCCAAAUGACACCUGACAUGCAGGCUGCCCAAGGAUACAAUUAUAACAAUUGGUAUCAGCAGUACAAUUCCUGGGGAACACAAAACACCUGGGGUCAGUAUGGACAGUAUAACCAGUACUACCCCCCACCCCCCACAUGAUGACCUGCAUUGUGAACAAAGCUACAAAAGUUUUUACCUAUUCUCACUGCGUUUUCUUGACGUUCUGAUACCUUCAUGACUCAUUACUUUGUGUUCUGAGCAUGAGUUGGAAAUGAAAUGUCCUUCUGUGAAAGUGUGAAGUUGAAUUUUAGCUUGAUUUAGUGUCAUCUCUUUUGAAAUGUCAUUGUUUAUUAGAUUUACAUUUGUAUUGAGGGGUAUGAAUACUUCUUUGAAACUGUCUCUGCCCUUAAAUGCCACAUUUUCAGAGCCAAAUGUGAAUUAAAGGCUUUUAUUUUGACCUGAUUUCAUAAUAAAGAGGUGGUUGAGACUGUUAUUGGUUUUA